CUCUAAUCCACAGAAUAGUUAGUGAUGUCUAGGCUAGCUACAAUGUAUCAAAACUGGCUGCUCCAGUUGCUCUGUAUCAUAGCUGUAUUAUCUGUAGUUAGAAGCUCACAAAAACAACCUCUAUAUAUCCUUUCCUUGCUGCCCUACCCAGACCCAGUGGGCACCCAACCCUCCUGGACUGAAGGGCCUACUUUGAUCUUGGCUGAACAAUUAGCAGUGGACAUAAUUAACAACAGAACAGAUAUACUCUCUGACUACACACUAGAGCUAAUCCAAGGAGACAGUGGAUGUAAUAUUGGAACUAAAACUGCAGCUGCUUUUAUAAAAAAUACUCUCUACAGUGUUCAGAAUAUUGCUGGAAUUGUUGGCCCUGGUUGCUCUACAUCUACCAUCACAGUAUCUUCCCUCACUGGAAACAAUCAGAUUGCUCUGAUCACUGUGCAUGGAGCUGGUUCCCUGCUGCUGGAGGAUCGAGUCAUCUAUCCCUACAGUUUUGGUACACUGGACUCAACCAAAGCAUUUGCUAAAGCUGCUCAGAGAUUACUAGUCGAGAAUCAAUGGAACAGAGUAGGAAGUUUGUACGACCCGGGAAGAGUGUACUACUCUACAACUCUGAAGUACUUUGAAGGAUUAAUUGAAUGCCAAGAACAUUUUGAGUGUUCAACAAAUUUCAUUUUUGGUGUGCAAAAUGCUUCGAUACCACUUGACAUUCUGAGAAAAAACAACAUCAGGAUAAUAUUUCUUUUUGUGGGUCCAGAAUUCUUGCGACGGAUUCUUUGCUUGGCAUUCCAUCAAAAUAUGCUCCCCCCAAAUUAUCAAUGGAUUAUUGUGAGCAGAGUGGUAGAAGAAAUAACAUCCAUUACUUUCACAAUAAACAAUGCUGAAUACUAUUGUUCCAAUGAUGACAUGAAAUUGAUGGCAAGAGGGUCGCUGAUUUUACACUACUCUCUAAAACCAAUUGAUCCACCGGCUUCCUUGGACCAAUACAUAAACUACACGGAGUUUCUGUCACAAUAUGAGAGUAGGGUUACCCAGUACAAUUCAUAUGUGAGCAAACCUAGUGAGAGGAUUGAGCCAAGUUUUUGGGCUACAGCUUAUUUUGAUGCAACUUGGGCACUUGCUCUAGCUCUGAAUAAUUCCAGAGAUGAACUGAUGGCAACAAUUGGUUUAGAGCUGUCCCAGUACAGACAUGGCAACUCAUUCGCUACUGAUAUCAUCAGAAAGAAUCUCCUAAAGUUGGACUUCAAUGGAGUUUCUGGUCAGAUAUCAUUUAGAGAGACAACUGGAUAUGUACCGAGACUAAUAGACGUGUACCAAAUCAAUAAUGCGAAUGAAAUGUCAAUUGUAGCUUACUACAAUAGUCGCAACGAUACCAUCACAGCAAUCGAUGACUACCAGUUCAUUAAUGGAACCUUCAAUCAGGAAUUAAUUACCGUGAAAGUUCAUUUGGCUCUAGGAAUUGUGUACUUGGUAUUUACGAUUGGUCAAUUGGCUUUAAUAAUUACAUUACACAUUCUAACACUCCAAUUUCGAGACAAGAAGCCAGUGAAAGCGUCCAGCCCAAAGCUAUCUCAUUUUUCCUUUAUUGGCUGCUACUUUUUGAUUGUUGGUGCAACAAGCUAUAUCAUAGCAGAAACAUUUUCAGGACAAAUUGACUCAACCAUUAAAUGCAAUCUCUUUUAUGUGACCUACUUUGCGUCUAGUAUUGGCGGUACUCUUAUCUUUGGAACUGUGUGUGCACGCAUUUGGAGGUUGUAUCGCAUCUUCGUCUUUUAUCUUAAUCCAGGAAAGCUGAUCACAGAAACAGCACUCAUAACAUUUAUCCUGACACUGUUUCUGUGUAGUCUGUUCUUGUGCUCUCUAUGGGUGGUGUUUGACAGACUUGUUCCUAUGGAAACGGAACAAGAGGAGAUAACAGAACAGCAUAACAGCGAUGGGAGCAGCGUCUUUAAUAUUCAAGUGUACCUCGAUAUACAUUGUCUCCAAGAUACUUCAAUUUACUGGCUAAUUUCCCAGCUUGUUUUCAAUCUACUUGUCAUGAGCAUUGCUCUGUGCCUGGCAAUAUUAACCAGACGAAUUCCACACAAAGAUUUCAAAACAAAACGAAUUGUACUCCUAGUUUACAUUCUCUCUGGUGUACUGAUGCUGGGAUACAUAACUUCAUACAUCCUACAAGCAAGACAAGCAACUGUAAUAGCAAAGUUCAUUGUUCUCAGCACAGUACACAAUCUGGUGAUUUUUGUAACAGCUAUGUUAUUGUUAUUACCUCCUGUGUACAUGGCUGUGCUGGAACUGAAGACACAGCAAACAAAACAUUACCUAUAAAAUCUUACCAUUCUCAUUUUUAUCAUAAUCACUGUACUGAUGCAAUAUUUAUAA